CCCCUCUCGGCAGUUCAUCAACAGCUUACAAAACCACAUCUCACAAUCACUACAACUGAGAUCAAAUGGCACCAAGAGGGAUCAAGUUGGCUCUGGCCCUGGCCCUCAUGGCCAUGCUUUUGGUCCAUACCUCAGCUCAGUCUAGCUGCACACCUGCACUCGUGAGCCUUUCCCCUUGCCUUGGCUACAUUGCCGGGAACUCGUCCACCCCAUCUUCCUCAUGCUGUUCCCAACUCGCCAGCGUCGUCCAAUCCCAAGCUCAGUGCCUGUGCACUGUCUUUAAUGGUGCCGCUGCCCAACAGCUUGGAACCAUCAUCAACCAAACCCAGGCUCUUAACCUCCCCAACGUCUGCAAUAUCCAAAGCCCCUCAUUUAGCAACUGCAAUGCUGUCUCUAGGCCGGCACCUGCACCAACUUCUCCGGUUUCGCCGUCAACACCGUCCGUCCCCAAUGCUGCUGCUCCAACUGCAACAUCGACACCAUCAGACCCGGGUGCUUCAUCUCCUGCCGCACCAUUGACACCUUCGGGCCCAAGCGAUGCUGCUCCUACCACCCCAUCAACUCCUUCAGUCCCAAGCAUUCCUUCAGGGACUACUGGAUCAAAGACUGUUCCAGCAACCGGUCAGUCAUCAGCAGCUCCAAGCUCUGCCAAGCUGAACCCUGCAUUCUUCUUCCUUCUCCUUCUUGUGGGGUCUUAUGCUUCAACUUUCUCUACCUAAGCUUGGAUGCUUGAUUCAGCACUCUAUAGAUUAUUUACAUCUAUGUGCCAUGCAUUCAUGUGUGAGCUAUUGUAUGUUCUACUUUGUAGUCCUAUUCUAGCAGAGUUCCUCUAGGAGAUUGCAGUGGAUUCUUUGCCACUGUGUAGCGGUCGCUUUGAUGGAUUGUUUGUAUUUGUUUAGAUGAUUGAAAUUGAAAUGAUUGUUUGUUUAUGGUACAUUUAAGUACA